AUGGUCUCGUCCAAAAGAAAAAACCGGCUGCUCAUGAUAGGAGCGUCCCUGUUCCUUGGACUAUUGUUUUUCUUGGCUAUCCCAUCAAAGAAAUCAAAUGUCCCUUUAAUACUAGACAAUGGUUCUGAUUACCUGGAGGAUGAAUCUUCAAAAUAUAAAGAAGGUGGUACGCUUUCCCAAAAUUCUGAUGCUACUUUAAAAGAUGCUGACUCUGGCAUAGCGGAAAUUGGAAAUACUGUUACCCAGUCAGAAUUAGCUGUUGAAGAAGAAAACAAAGCUCCAUACCCAUUAGAAGACAAAAAGCAGGCAGAAUCACAAGGCAUAGUUCCAUCUAAGGCUGCCGAUGUCGGUGAAGCAAAGAAAACAGAUGCUCCAUCAAGUGGAUGUUCAUCUAAGGAUAAAAAGUAUGUUGUCAUGAUUGAUGCUGGUUCAACUGGUUCCAGAGUCCAUGUUUACACGUUCGAUACCUGUGUGAGUCCUCCAAAAUUGUUAGAUGAGCAAUUCAAGAUGUUGAAUCCGGGUCUCUCGUCAUUUGAUACUGAUACUUUAGGUGCGGCAAAGUCACUAGACCCAUUAUUAGAAGUUGCAUUGAACACUAUUCCAACCGACAAGCAAGGAUGUUCACCUGUUGCCGUUAAAGCCACGGCUGGUUUGAGAUUAUUGGGUGAGAAAAAAGCGAGUGCAAUCCUAAAGGAGGUCAGAAAAUAUCUCGAGACAAAAUAUCCAUUUCCAGUGGUUUCCGGUGAUGGCAUUUCUAUUAUGGACGGAAGUGACGAAGGUGUUUAUGCCUGGAUCACGGCAAAUUUCCUACUUGGAAAUAUAGGAGGCAAAGAGAGGACUCCUACAGCAGCUGUUUUUGAUCUUGGUGGAGGAUCUACGCAAAUCGUCUUUGAGCCAGAAGAUGGUGAAGAAAUGAUUGAUGGUGAGCAUAAGUAUGAGAUUGACUUCGGUGGUCGACAUUUCAUCUUAUACCAAUAUUCUCAUCUUGGAUAUGGUCUAAUGGAGGGAAGAAAGAGAAUCAAUUCUUUGGUCCUAGAAUUACUAUUGCAAAAGCAUGGUUCUAUAUCUGGCUUGGUUCCGCUCACCGAAUUAGAAGCGAAGAAUCCUAAAGGACUCAAGGCUGAAGUUACAUUGAAAAAUCCAUGCGUUCCUCCGGGUGUUGCCGCAAAUAACAUUCCCGUCAAAUUAGAAGAUGGUACUACAUACUUGGUGAACUUUGUUUCUCCGGCAAAAGAUGAGUCCGAUACCUUAGCAGCUACCGCAUCUACACAGUGUCGAUUCCUUGCGGAGACUAUUCUGAACAAGGAUGCAAAAUGUAAAUCUAAGUCUUGCUCUUUCAAUGGUAUAUAUCAACCUUCACUCAGACAUCAUUUCCCUAAGAGCUCUGAUAUGUUUGUGUUCUCAUAUUUCUACGAUCGUUUGCAGCCUAUUGGAAUACCUCAGUCCUUUACACUUCAAGAAGUGAUGGAUAUUACACAGUUGGUGUGCUCUGGUUCAUCUCUCUGGAAUGAGUUUUUCUUGCAGAAGAGUUCAAUCGAAGAGUUGGAGAACGAGCCAUUGUGGUGUAUGGAUCUCUCUUUUAUGACUGCCUUGUUACAUACCGGUUAUGAUAUUCGUCUCAACAGAGAACUUAGAACUGCCAAGACCAUCGCUGGAAAUGAGCUUGGUUGGUGUCUUGGAGCAUCACUUCCAUUGCUUGACCAGGGCUCUGGUUGGACCUGUAAAGUUGAUAAGCAGUAUUAA